ACCAGCUGAGCUUCGUCGCAUCCUAAGCGACAUCUACUCAAACAACAUCAUGGAGUUUGCUGUUGGGCAAGAUUCCGUGCAGAUUCAUCCAACGGCUGGUGUUCGACAAGGCGACCCAUUAAGCAGCGUGGUAUUCAACCUGGCAGCUGAACCCAUCAUACGGACAGCAAAAUCAAAUAACACCGGAUUCUCAGCAUUUCAAGCUAGGGUCUCAACUACAGCAUAUGCGGACGAUAUUGCCAUUGUAGGAUCGUCAAUUCGGGAAACGCAAAGAACUCUCAAUGCCAUAGAGGACACGGCAAACUCGCUAGGCUUGAAGUUUAAUCCAGGUAAGUGCCCGUCCUUAACACUUAUUAAUAAAAAAUCUGUUACAGACAACACGCUGAAAAGGAGACGCUGAAAUCAGACCCCUUGCAGAAGACGAUCAAGAGGGCUACCUAGGAACACCUCUAACAGAAGAGUUGGGGGGCUUGGAAUGCUUCCUUUGACCGAGGAGGCUGAUAUCUGGACCAUAGCUAGAGCGAUGCAACUCUUGGACAGCGAGGACAAGUCCGUUAGCGAAGUGGCUAUGGCGAAACUAGAGGAGACAACACGACUAGGAUACGGAAAGGGAGAAGUACCAUUCUCCAUACCAAUUAACGAAUAUUUGGCAGGGUCAAUGGACAAAGGUCUUGGUGCCAUAAGACAUGGGACAGCAUCCAUGAACCUCUUGGCGCGUUCGAGGAGGGCAGCUGGCCACUUGAAGAGGAUCAAGAUUGAUGUAUCCUGCGAACAGUACUCCAAAAUCAUCGCCUGA